AUGUCGCAAGAUACGGGGCUUUUCAGCGUGCGCCGGCCCCGAGAGACUCUCGGAGGCAUCAACUUCAACUCUAAUAUUCCCCAGCCCGCCUCGGCGCUCAAACGUGCCUCAUCUAUCGGCAUACCGCAACCUCAGUUUACUGGCACAGUUGGCCGGUCCACUUCAGGCUCUCGCAUGUCCCUCGCGCCCGGCCGACCAAACCAACCGAUCUUUUCACGCUCAUCCUCUGGCGGAAAUCUGGCCGCUGAUCUGGGCAUGUCUGCGGUGAAGCGUAGUUCAUCACAAAUGUUCCAGAAUAUUGGCGGGGGUCGAAAAAGCUAUGCGCCUCCCAGCGUGACACAAACACCCGCGCAGCAGCAGGCUCAGCGCCGUAGCAGCGUGUAUUCGCGACCUUCUGGAGCAGUAGGCCCCUUUGCGCAUCAAAGCUUCUUCCAGUCUGGACCGGUCCCUGCCGGUGUGCCCCGCGACCCGCGACCGCUCAAAGAUCGAUCCUACCAAGCGCGCCUGGGACAGGAGUUGAUGGACUACUUGACGCAAUACAAUUUUGAAAUGGAGAUGAAGCAUUCACUUACACACAACACGAUGAAAUCGCCGACACAAAAAGAUUUCAAUUACAUGUUCCAAUGGCUGUAUCACCGCAUCGACCCUAGCUACCGGUUUCAGAAGAACAUUGACCAGGAAGUGCCUCCGAUUCUCAAACAACUUCGAUACCCCUUUGAAAAGAGCAUUACGAAAUCGCAAAUUGCUGCCGUAGGUGGUCAAAAUUGGUCGACCUUCCUUGGCCUGCUCCACUGGAUGAUGCAACUAGCACAGAUGCUAGAGCGCUACGACAUGGGGGUCUAUGAUGAUGCAUGCGCUGAAGCCGGGGUUGACAUUAGCGGAGAUCGAAUCAUCUUUCGCUUCCUGAGCGGCGCAUACCAUGACUGGCUCCAGGUCGGCGAGGAUGACGACGACGAAGACGCGGAUCGAUUACUCGUGCCGCAUGUUGAGGCAAUGGCUGCGGAAUUCGACAAUUCAAACUCCAAAUAUCUGGAGGAGCUGGCAGUGCUCGAAGCGGAGAAUAAGAACCUCUUGGAGCAAAUUGAGGAAAUGGAAAGAUCAGCUCCGGACAUUGCCAAGCUCGACAAACAUUUCAAGAUCUUGGAGACCGACAAGGGUAAAUUUGAACAAUACAACGCCAGCAUGGAGGCGAAAGCCGAAAAAUACGAAUCACGCAUCAAGCUUCUUAGCGACGAGCUCGAAAAGGCCGAACUCGAACUCCAACAAGCUGAAGAAGAGAAGGCCGGCUUGCACGCCGCAGUGGACAGACAAGGCAUCACAACCCAGGAUAUCGACCGCAUGAACUCGGAGCGGGAGCGGCUUCAAAAGGGCGUCGAAAACGCAGCUAUACGGCUCGAAGAAGCCAAGGCCAAGGCCGCUGAACGAGAAUACGAAGCUGUACGACGACUGGACGAGCUCGAACGCGUCGUGGAAAAGUACAACUCCCUCGCCUAUCAAGUCGGCAUUGUCCCCUCGUCAGCGCCAAAUGCAAAGGGCGAAAACUACGAGCUCAGCCUGACCAUUAAUGACGGUCCAAAUUUUUCUUCUUCCCCCACAGGAGGCAGCUCACACGGUGUGUCUGAUGGUGAUCGCUUACUCGCAGACGCCACCACCGGCUAUCAGCCUCACCAGCUGCUCAACCUGGACCUGCGAGGAGCAGUCAGAAGUAAUCUCGGCUCAUUGAAGAAGGACAUUAGUGACCGGCGGAACGUCGCGCUCGAGCAAGAUCUGAAUAACCAUGACCUGCUGGACAAGAUCAAGGAGACGAUUGAUGACAAGCGCAGCGAAGUCGAGGCACUCGAACACCGAGUUCGCGCCGCAGAAGAAGAAUUCGAAAAGACCAAGGAGGUCACCACUACUCAAAAACUCGCCAGCGAUGCACAAAUUGAGAAGAUGGAAAAAGAACUCGCCAAGAUGAGAGCCAUUUUGUCUGAAAGCAUCCAGCUCAUGGAGCAGCGCGAAAUGAAUACCAAUAUUGAAUACGAACAACUCACUCUCCGCGCCAACUCGCUCCGUGAAGAACUCCACACCGAAACCGAGCGUCUGCUCAACGACGUCAUCAAAUUCAAAGUUCACGUCCAAAAAAGCCUCGAGGACUUUGAAGGCUUCGUCGCAGAAGAAGUCGAGGCAGAAUUGGGCGCUGAAGAAGACAAUUACACUUACGCCAAUACCAAUCCCGACGGUUACCGUGACGCUGAUGCUGAUCCUAAUGCUUACGGUCUCGAUGACGAUGACGACGUCUUCGGAGGUGGUGGAGAUGCGCAACCGACAGCCGGCGCCGGCGGCGAUGACGACGACAACGACGACAACGACGAGAAUGAAGACCUAGCGGCAGCAGCGACGGCAGCGUACGAGUAUAGCCGUGCGGGAUAUGAUCCCGAUGAAGAAGGAUACUAA